AUGGCAAAGUUCUUCACCCAUCCCCUGUUUCUGAUGCUAAUCAUCGGCGCUUGCUGGCUGGCGAGCGCUAAGAAGAAAAAAGUCGACGCUGACAAACCUGCUGGUGACAAGAAGACAGAGGAGGACAGUGUGGGCACUGUGAUUGGGAUUGAUCUGGGAACAACUUACUCCUG